CGCGCGGGUUCGUGCGGACGGAACUAAGCUAGCUGUUUAGCUAGCGGCUGGGAGCGUUAGCCCCGCCAUGAGGUGAAGACCAGGAAGCCCACCAGACCCGAAUGAAAGGGCGAACAUUCGGGCCAUGUGUCCGGUUCGUGACCCGGGACGUCCGUUCGACGAACCCCGGCCCUGCUGUCGUUUGUGGACUCCUCAGAAAUGGUUUUACGUAACGUGGAGCGAGAUAAAACCGUCGGCGCGGGGCUAGCCGUCGGGUCGCGAGCGCAGAGUGCGUGACAGUGUUUUUGUGUCCGGUCUGAUGAGCGGAACAUCACAGUCCGGAUCAGAACCCACUUUUCUGGGUCCUGUGUUAUUUCUUUGUAAAUACUGUUAUUUGUAUAUACUGUAAAUGAUGACAUCCAUGGGCGGAAACCGGGCCCGGGGCAGCUGGGAGCAGACACAGGGGCAAACACAGAGCCAGACACAGCACAAGCAGAGGCCUCAGGCGACUGCAGAGCAAAUCCGACUCGCACAGAUGAUUUCAGACCACAACGAUGCAGACUUUGAAGAGAAGGUCAAACAGGACUCCUGGGAGAUGGUGGGUAAGAAGAAAGGCGUGUCGGGUCAGAAGGAGAUCAGCCAGGCAGAAACCUGCGAGGAGGGAAAGGAGAACCGCGAGAAAGGAGCCGAGAAAGACCCCGCCCGCCGUCGAGGCGGCGCGCCGCGGAGAAGCCGUGGAACCAGCAGAGGACGGGAUUUCCGCAGUCAGGAGAACGGGCUGGACGGAGGGAAGGCUGCAGUCACCGGCAGAGGGGCGGAGCGAGGCCGAAGGGGGCGGGGCAGAGGAAGAGGAGCAGUCGGGCUGGCUGGACGGCGAGGAGGCCGGUUUUCAGCGCAGGGCAUGGGCCAGAUUUAUAAAGAGUCCAGAUAUGAUUUAACAGGAGAGGAGAGAACCUUCAACCCUGCAGACUAUGCAGAGCCUGCGCAGACGGAGGACAGCUAUGGCGGCGGCAGCACCUGGAACAACACGGGGAGCGCCGAGCUGGACGAGGGAUCACGGUUGGAGUACCCCGGGGGAGAGGGGACCAACUACCCACCAAAGUUUGAUUCUGCCCCCGGUGCCUGGCGUUCUGCCACAGAGGAGUGGGGGACCGAAGACUGGAAUGAAGAUCUUUCAGAGACUAAAAUCUUUACAGCUUCCAGCGUGGCGUCGGUGCCUCUGCCUCAGGAGAACGUGACCAUCACCAAAGGACAGAGGAUCGAUCUCGCAGUGCUUCUGGGAAAAACUCCUCCUUCUUCCUCCUCGGAGACAGAAAAUGCCCCCAUGGAGCCCCCCCACCCCCCCUCCCUGUCCCAGUCACUGGUUUUCAGCAACUCCAAGCAGGGCGCCCCCCUGAGCCAGUCGUCCUCCAGCGCCCCCUAUAGCCAGCACAGCAUGGGCAGCAUGCUGAGCAAAGGCUUCGGGGACGUGGACCCGAAAGGAGGCAGCACCGGAACCACCGGCUCCCAGUUCCUGGAACAGUACAAAACGGCCCAGGCGCUGGCCCAGCUGGCCGCUCAGCACUCCCAGAGCGGGGCGACCAGCACGGCGCCGUCGUCCUGGGACACCGGUUCCGGUCCGCUGGGACAGUUUGACAUGAAAGCUCCAGCAGAGUCUGGGAUCCACUCCCCCUUUACGAAGCGGCAGCCGUACCAGGCCGCCACGUCCGCCUCGUCCAUGUUGGACGUGUUCCUGCAGGACAAAGGGCUGCCGGCGUCCUCGUCCUCUCUCCCACAGCAUUCCUCGUCCUCGCCCCACUCUGUGCCAUCGCCCGCUCUCUCCAAGAUGGGGUCGAUGACGUCGGCGGGUCACCAGGUGUCUCCCGGAUCCUCGGAGGUCCAGGGUUCGAGUCCGCUGCCUCUGCAGCAGCACAAGCUGAAGCAGCAGAAGAAGAAGACGUCUCUGACCACGAAGAUUCCGGUCAUGGCCGUGGAGAUGCCUGGAUCAGCUGACAUCUCGGGCCUCAACCUGCAAUUUGGAGCUCUGCAGUUUGGUUCUGAACCGGUUCUACAGGAAUACGAGUCCAGCCCGGCCACAACCACCCCGAGUAACCAGGGUCAGAACAGCCUCUACACCGCCCCCAGCAGCGACUCGACCUCCGCCCUCUCCGGCUCCAACCAGAUGGACAUCUACGACCAGAGAGCUCCUCCACCACGCCGUUACCCCCCCUCCGUCUCCUCCUCCCCCCAGAAGGAUAUGCAGCCCAAAAACGGUUUCAGCUCCAUGCAGGCCGCUCAGUCUGUGGAAGCUGCAGCAGGCCCUGCAGCAGCAGUCAAGAGCUCCGACUCGGUCGCUCAGACCUGCGUCUCAGGCAUGGGCUCCCUGGCGGACGGCGGCCCCGCCUCCUCGCUGUUAACCACGUCCAACCAGGCGUCUCUCGGUGUUCUGGGGCACGCUGAAGACCUGCCGCCGAGCUCCAUCAGCUCCCAGCAGAACAGCGCUCACCCGUCACAGCAGAACAGCCUCCCCUCGUCUUCAGGGAGGACGUCCAGCUCCAGCAUCCUCCAUCCCGACGCCGACUCCACCCUGCACUCCUCCUUCCCCCCUGUGCCAGCGGUGCCAUCUUCCUCGGUCCCUUCCUCCUCCUCCUCUGUGGCGGCUGCACAGGUGUCGCUGGGCGUCCCUCAGGGCUCCUCCGUGGGCCCCGCCACGGUCUCGGCCCCCUCUGGUCUGGGCCCCGUCAGCGGUUUGGCCAUGGGGCUCGGCGCCGCCUCCAUGGGCGCCCCAGCAGCAGUCCCCGCCUCCGUUUUAGUUUCCACGGCGUCGUCGAGCAUUCCUUCUUCAGUGACAUCUUCCUCCACACGCAGCUCUGCGGCGUCCUCAGGGAAAGCCCCUCCCAACCUGCCGCCGGGGGUGCCCCCUCUACUGCCCAACCCGUACAUCAUGGCUCCCGGACUGCUGCACGCCUAUCCCCCCCAGGUGUACGGCUACGACGACCUCCAGAUGCUGCAGACCAGAAUCCCGCUGGAUUACUACAGCAUCCCGUUCCCGACCCCCACCACCGCGUUGACCGGAAGAGACGGGAGUCUGACCAGCAACCACUAUUCUGGUGAACUGGCCAAGUUUGGCCGAGGCGACGCCUCCUCUCCCGCCCCCGCCACCACGUUGGCCCAGACGCAGCAGAGCCAAACCCAGACGCACCACACCACCCAGCAGCCCUUCCUCAACCCGGGACUGCCCCCCGGCUACAGCUACCCCAGCCUGCCCUACUACACCGGCAUGCCGGGCCUCCCCAACACCUUCCAGUACGGACCUGCUGUGUUUCCGGUGGCUCCUACCUCGUCGAAGCAGCACGGCGUGAAUGUCGGCGUCAACGCCUCGGCCACGCCCUUCCAACAGGCCAGCGGCUACGGUUCCCACGGCUACAGCACUGGCUAUGAGGAUGUGGGCCAGGCUUCAGGGAGUGGGGAUUUCUGUAAGGGCGGAUACGGCACUGCCGUGGCCGCCGCCGCUUCCGCACAAAACAAGCCAGCCAGCUCCGUCACCGGGCCCGGAGUCGGUGUUUCUGUGACAUCCAGCAACACGGGGGUUCCUGACAUUUCAGGAUCUGUUUACACAAAGACUCAGUCAUUUGAGAAGCAGGGUUUCCACGCGGGAACGCCGGCGGCUUCCUUCAGCCUGCCCUCAGCCCUGGGGAGCGGGGGGCCCAUCAACCCCCCAGCCGCCGCGGGCUACGCCCCCGCCCCCUUUAUGCACAUCCUGGCCCCCCACCAACAGCCCCACUCCCAGAUUCUGCACCACCACCUGCAGCAGGACGGCCAGAGCGGCAGCGGCCAGCGCAGCCAGAACGCCUCCCUCCAGCAGAAGUCUCAGAUCAACAAGUCCGCGUACAACAGCUACAGCUGGGGGGCCAACUAACAGCCGGGGGCGGGACACCUUCCACAGGUGGGCCGGACCGCAGGAUUCAACGCUCCGUCUGCAGAACCGCCCCCUCCCGGGUCUCCUGCAGCGGCGUGGUCGGGGGGACGAGAAGACCGCCACGUUGUCAUGGGGGGGCUUAGAAAAUAGGAGGUGAAACAUUUAGUUGUUGUCCUGACCCCCCCUGCCCCCCCGUCUGUAACAUAGAACUGUUUUCUAAUAGAACCAACGUUUCUGGAGCGGUUCUGGUCUCUUUGGAUCUCCGUGUUUUCUGGCUUAAGGGGAGAAAUGAAGUCCAAUCUGAAGGUGGGGGGGGCAGGCUGCCUUCAUCCUCCCACCCCCACCUGUGCCCCCCCAAAUAUAUCCAAAAAUGAUUUCCUGUUGAAUGCUUUCUUUCCUUCUUUUAUGUCUUUUUAAGUUUGAAGAAACAAUUCUCUUAAUUGGUAGAGUUGUGAAGUUUAUUUUUUACCAAAUAUAGAUCUAUUAUAUAUAAAGACGUAUACGGCUGAGGACGGCGUGUCACGCGACUGUGUGCAUGUUUGGACACAUGGGGGUGUGGUCACAGACUGUGCUGUCAUUUUCCUUUGGGCACAGGAUGGUCCAUCAUCCGUUUGUACAGUAACUGUUCCAUGAAUUCUGAAUGCAUUUUACCGAGUCCCAGUCGGAUCCGGUCCGGUCCGUCUCUGCAGAGCCACCUUCCUCCUCCUCCUCCUCCUCCUCCUGUCUUCUGAUGUAAGGAAAUCCUGCAGCGUUGAGUACUGAUGGACAGAAUUGUACUUUGGGUUUUGUUUCUUUUUGUCAGUGAUUUUUCUUUUUUUUGUUUUUUUUUUGUACUGUGCGUUUUAAAACAAUUUAAAUGGAGAAAAAAAUAGUCUUGUACAUAAAAGAACACAAGUACUGUAGUCCCUGUUUGUCGAUGGCUUUUUUCUUUCCUUCUCAAAUCCUUGCAGACUUGUUAGCUUUGUUUUCAUAUUUUUUUUAUUUUGUAAAAAUAUAUAAAUAUUAAGUAAAUAAACAAAGACGUUUUCAUCA